AUGAAUGGAAAUGUAAUCAUCGGCUGUCAUAUCAAACCAACGAUGAAAACAACGUUUCGAUCCGUUUUGACAAUAUUUGUAUUAAUCGACGCCAUAUUCGCCGCCGAAGACUCACUGCAAGGGUUGCGACACUUGAUUGAACCCAAAGGUGACAAUCACUUCAAUGGCCGCCAAUCGGAGCCGAAGGACACUAUGGGUGCCAUCGAUGACAAGAAGUCGCUGCCGAUGAGUGCGGCCAUCGGUGGUCAGCCCAAGUCAAGCGACCCGACCGGCGGUCAGUUGCUGUCGGCUCACCCGUUCUGUAAGGCCGAUGUGGAGGCCAUCUGCGGCCGAACCGGCAUUUCGUUGGACAACAACCUAUCGGUUCUGACGUGCGUUCAGAACAAGGAGGACGACACGCAUCUGUCGCCGGACUGUCAUCACCUGAUCUGGUCCUACAAACGCAACCUCACGAACGACAACCGGUUCGCGAGUGUCGCCAAAAGUGUGUGCAAUCGACUCAUCACCGAAAACGCCGACUGUUUGGACGCCGAAGAGGAACGGGUGUUGAGUCCGAGCGCUAAUCUCAUGUCGUGUCUCAUCGAGCGAUUGGUUCCCGAGACGGACGUCGAGUGCAAGAAUUUUUUGACAAAAAUGGAGUUAAUUAUAUUCAGUGACUAUCGACUGAUCCAUAAGUUUACGGACUUUUGUGCCAAAGACAUCGACGACUUGAAGUGCGGCCGCAUUGACACGAACUCGGAGUCGACUCACACUCAGGGCGAGACCAUUGAGUGUCUGGAGAAGUCGGCGGACAAGUUGUCGCCCAAAUGCGAGCACCAGAUCUUGAGGAUCGCUGAACUACAGAGCGAUGACUUUCAUUUGGAUCGCGGCCUGUAUUUCGCGUGUCGUGACGAUAGGGAGAAGUUCUGUCAUCGGAUCCAAUCGGGUGACGGACGCGUCUAUCGGUGUCUUAUGAAACACAAACUCGAACGCGAUCUGAGCCGCGGCUGUCGCGAGAAGCUCUUCCAGAGGGAGAUGUUGGCCGUCAGGGACUACAAAGUGGCGCACGGAUUGGCCAAAGCCUGCAAACAGGACAUCAGGACCUAUCGGUGCAGAGAAGACACCUCCGACCACAAGGAGAUAAGACUCGCGCAGAUAUUGCUCUGUUUGGAGAACGCCGUGACGAAGAACCUGGAGGUCGACCCCCAGUGCAAGACUGAAAUGCUGUCACAUCGACGCAGUCUUCUUCACAACUAUAACUUAACUCCAGAUCUGAAGAGUCGUUCCAGAGGUGCCAAAAAGGGUCAGACGUCGGCCGACUGUCGGCGAGCGCUCGAAGACCUGCUGAAAGAGACGAACGUCGCGGAGGACUGGAGAGUGGAUCCCGUCCUACAGGAGUCGUGUCAGUCAUCAGUGGAUAAGCUGUGCAAUGAAGUGGUGCCCGGAGAGGGACGAGUGAUGUCGUGUCUCAUGGAUCACAUGGACUCGAAGGACAUGGAAGAAGACUGUCGACAGAAUUUGCAUCAAAUCCAGUACUUUAUGGUCCGUCAGUUCGAAUUGGAUGCUCCCAUCUAUAGGUCCUGUCAUUCCGAUGCCGUCAAGUAUUGUCACGCGAAGACCGAUUGGGUCAACAAACCGGGCGCUAUAGACCCCGAACGGGGACCGAGUGUUCUCUCCUGUCUGUACCGCUAUGUGUAUCACCCGAACCCGAAGAUACAGCUUAACCGUCAGUGCAUUUUCGACAUCCGACGAGUGAUGAAACAAAGGGCACAAUCGGUUGAUCUCAUGCCUAACAUCGAGGAGCCACGCGGCUACGAAAUGGAUUGUCUUCAGCAGAACUACGAGAUGUUAGAGCCCGAGUGCCGCACAGCGAUCGGAAACUUUACCGAAGACCUGUCCGCUUACGUGGAACUCAAUUAUCCACUGAUCAAAGUGUGCGCCCACGCCAUCAAAGACGCCUGCAGUGACCUCAUGGACAGAGACAUCGAAGAGGAGGAUGUGAUGGAGUGUUUGAUACAAAACAAGAACAAAAUGGCUGUCAAGCGGUACCCCAAAUGUCAGGUCGCCAUCAAUCACUUCCAAGUGUUGCAACUGAAGAACUAUAGGUUUUCGCACAAAUUCAAAGAGUCGUGCCGUCAGGAUGUGCUCCAACACUGCACUACUGUCACCACCAAAGCCGAUGUCAUCAAGUGUUUGAGUGGUAUUGUAUUCAACGAUACGGUCAACAAUAGGGCCAGAGUUAGGAUCUCUCCCGAGUGUCAAAACCAAUUGCGGGUCGAGUUAUUGGAGAGAAACGAAAACAUCAAUUUAGACCCAAAUCUGGACAAAGCGUGUAAACACGACAGAGAGACGGUCUGCAGGGAUGUGAAGGCCGGCGAAUCCCAUGUCAUCAACUGCUUGAAGACUAAUAUGCAUCGACUCACCAAAGCGUGUCAACACAUGCUCUUCGAGCGACAACGCGUCGAAAUGACCGACAAUUCUGUCGACUACUCGCUGAUGACGAACUGCAAGACAGCGAUCGGCAAGUUUUGCUCCGCCGACGACUACAAAGACAUACUGUUCUGUUUGCGAGACCAUCGAUACACUGCCGGUAUGGACGACAGGUGUCGGUCUAUUGUCUUGAAACGGUUGGCCCAACAGAACAGCGACUAUCGACUCAAUCCGCGCCUGAAGACGGCGUGUGUGAGAGAUGUCCCCAAAUUCUGUGCCAAAGUGGUUGACGAACACCGAAAUGAUCCCCAAUUGGAGGGAAAAGUCAUCGCUUGCCUUAAAAAGCAAUACGUUUUGAAUAAGUUGUCGCAAACGUGCGAAAUAGAAGUCGUGAAUAUCAUUAGAGAGGUGUCACUGAAUGUCGAAUUAGAUCCCAUUCUUUACAAGUCGUGUCAACACGAGAUCCAAAGCAAGUGUUCGGACGAUCCGAACGAAGUGACCGAAUGUCUGAAAACCAAAUUCCAGAACAAAGAGAUCGGCGACGAGUCGUGCAAACGAGAGAUCGCGCGUCUCAUCACUCAAGUGAAGGCCGACAUUACGUCGGAUCCGCUUCUCUAUAAAGUGUGUGUCCAAGACUUGAAGCACUACUGCGCCGACAUUCCCGUCGGACACGGGAGACAAUUGUCGUGUCUUUUGGCCGAAUUGGACGUGAACUCGAAGCUGAGCCGCGAAUGCAAGACAAUGCUAGUGAAGAGGGUUGAGAUGUUUGAAUACGCGGCCCAAAUGGCACCCGCGGAGAGUGUGGCCGACGUCUACAAAGUGGUCACGUCGUCGCCGUCGCGUAAUUACUUCCUCUUCGUAUUCUUCUGCUGUGUGUCCGUCAUCUUCGGCGGUGGACUCUUUUGCGGACGAAUCACGAAACCCAUUACAACCAACGAUAAAAUUAAAUAA